CACUCUCAGAUAUUGGUUGUGGGUUUUUCUGAUCUUGAAAAUGCGAUUACAAAAAUUUAGGUUAGUAAUGCAUGCAAGUAAUGAUGAAGAUUGAAGACGUGCCUACUACUACUACUAUAAUUUUCUGGACGUACAAUGGCCCCAUGAACUUUGAAGUUUCUUUCAAACACCUAAAAAAGAUGAAAACUUUCCUCUUUCCCAUUUCUGAUCUCUUACCAAACAAUCAUGGGUACCAACAAUCGGCCCCUCCCACCACCUUCUCCGAUUCCGACCGGCAAAGGCUCUCGGUCGGCCGUCGAUUCUGUGUUGUCUGAAUACAUCGACCAAACACAGAUAGUGCCGGAACUGAGUCUCCCUCAAAAUGCACAAAGUUGGGUACCUGCUGAAAUUGAUUAUCGAUCAAUCAAGUUGCGUGACAGUGAAGCUAUUGAAAAGAUUUCGAAAUCGAUCUCAGAUGAUGGAGUUUUUCUAGUCAGUGAUCAUGGGGGAUUCAGUACUGGGGAGCUGAGGUCAAUCUUGAUUGAUAAUCAAUGGACUUUUGCAUUGUUAACACCGGAUCAUAACGAUCGGGGUCGCGGCGGCUAUAAUGGCAAGUAUGUUUGGUCCAUCUCAGACAAGAAGUUGACGCUGGAGAAAGGCAAAUAUGCUGCCCAUCAACAGGAAAUUUUGCAGAUUUUAAGCCAAGAAAUGGAGAAUGUUGCGACUAAGCUGAAAGAAAUGGCACAAGAAUUAAGCCCAGUGGUCCUAGGAAGUAGGAGUGGACAACCUGCGACAAAAACAAAAUCCGACGAAACAAAACUGUGCAUUUAUCGAUCCACUUAUAAACAAUGUAGUAUGAUAGACGAGGAGGAGCAAAGUGAUGAUCAUCCAUUAUUAUUAUCCAAAUAUGGUUUCAGCCUGCUUCUUCCUCUGCAGCCAACUGAAUUUUACGUCAAAGCAAAAGCGUUGUCGUUUACCGCCGAUACAGUGAUUGUCGCCAUUGGCGAACACCUCCAGAUAAUGAAGCCCAAUAAUCUCCAUGGAAACUCAGUCUCGUUAUCCAUUCAACUCAACUACUCUUCUUCUUCUUCUUCAACUUCACGUAACAGUGAUGACGACGUUGCACAGAACAAAAUCUCGUUGCGUGAUCAGAUUGUUAUAGUCAUCAUAUUCAUAUUGCUAUAUCAAGUUUUUUGGUAUAUAAUUUCAUGGUUUUGAGGCUUAAAAAAAAAUAAAAAAUUC